AUGCAAACUGAUUAUUUUUCUUAAAGAUCAGCAAAGCCUCAUAGUUAGAGUACUAAGAAUCUUGAUUAGCAAUACAGAGCACCAAAAGUUAGUGCAUCAACUAUAUAUUCAGUUCCUUGCAUGAAUUGCGAGAAUCUGAUUCCGAUAAAUGAGAUCGAUCAACAUACAAUGAAAUGUCUAAGUGUUUCAAAGAAUGUGACAGCAGUACUAAAAUCGAAUAGGAUUCUAGAUGAAAUCAAUUUCAAGAUCUCAAAGCUGAGAGAUUCCAUAUAGUAAUUAAAUGCAAAAGAAUCGAAAUAAGAGAACAGCAAAUAUUUGAUUAGAGCAGAUGAAAUGUGUGAAUAAAUAUAGACAAUCCAAAACAAUAACCAAAUUGAAUUCAGAAAAUUGCAGGAUUUAAAUUAAGAGUUACGAACAAUGACAGAAUCUUACCGUGGUUCAUUGGCUAUAGCCUUGUAUUUGGAAAGAUUGCAUUCUUUGGGAUUGUAAAAGCAAACCCAAUUAGAAAAGGAGAUUCGUACUCCUAGAGUCGAUGUUCAAAAGCACAACAUCAACCAAACGAAUACUAAAUAACCAAGCAAUGUGAAUGGUAAAUAAUUAGGCAACAAUUACAACAGCCAAUCAUAAUCAUCCUCUUAUUUUUUCUAAUAGCCUUCAGAAUACAGCAGAGGUUCUCAAUUGCCUUCAGAAUAGAAUAGAAAUUCACAAUUGCCACCUCCAUCAUCAUUUUAGAAUUCUCCUUAUGGAAGACCUACCAUAAUCACCAAGUUCUCAGGUAGCUAAGAUAGAAGUCAAAUGUAUGAUAUGAAAAGUGAGAUCUUGACUAAGAUAUCAACGUCCUAAUUAGAUGAAAGUGAGGCAAACUAAAAUGAUAGUGAUCUUAAUAACUCAAAUCAAUAGAAUUAGCAAUAAAGGAUAUUCUAUUCGAAGUGUUUAGCUUAGAAAACAAAAUUACCCAACACUCACCCAUCUCAAAAAAUACCUUUGUGUAUUCUACAUAAGGAGAUGCUUCAGAGAAAGAUUCCGAGUUCAAUGUGGGAUAAAUUCAUCUUAGACGCUUUAAACAACCCUCAUCAAUAUCUGGAUAUGAACAAAGUGCAGAACACUCAAGGCUUGAAGAAUCAACUAAGAUCGAUGACUCAGGAACACUAAUUCAAGUAAAGAAUACACAAUAUUUGA